CAGAAGUCUCAUGAGCCAUUUGGCAACCAUGCGACGUUAUUAUAGUGAGAUGACUUUGACAGUUGUAUAUUAAUUUUUGCAAUGUAAACAGAUUGAAGAAUUAAACCGAACGAAGAUUGAAUUUAGGUUACAGAAAACCGAAUUUUUCUAGAUAAUCAAACAACCAGGUGUGAUAUCCCCCUAAAUAUUGAAACCGAAUGAUACGAUGAAAAGUAACAAUGCUUGAAGGGCAUAGUUUUUUUGAAAACGACAGUGAUCUAGCCAAAACAAGUUUUUCGGUUUUUGUUACUAUUUUGUAUAUAAAAGUGCUCUACAUUUUAGUCAUGAUUUUAUAUGUCUUGUCACGGUUCAAUGAAAUCGUCUCGUUGAGUUGAACUAUUAAUGAUGCUUACUUUCUCUGAGCCUGAAAAACAAUCUUGGGUGUUAUCUAGAGGAGAAAAAGUUGUAUCUAUAAGUAAAGAUGUGGCUAGUAAAUUAAAGAGUCAGGACAUACUUGCCAUAAACUUCUUAUUUCAGAAUUUUAAAAAUGAGUUUCAAGGAUCCAUUUUGAACGAAGAAGAUGGAUUUGCUACUCAACUUCAAGUAUCUGUAUUCUUUAACGUCAUUUACAAUCAUUAUAUUAGCCCCAAAAAUAAGUUUAUUGUAUUAGUCAUUUCACCUGGAUAUUUAAUGCAAAAAUGGAAUGACAGGCUUGAAAAUUUUGGAGGACUGAAAGUUAGAAUUGUCAAUUCAAAAACAAACCUAGCGGAUUUUAUGGAAGAAAAUCGUUUGGCUCUCCUUGUUUCAUUUGAAAAUCUUAAACUGGUCGAUAAUUUGUUGGACUGCAACUUUUACUCAGUUGUUAUCGACCAUUUCGAUGUUAUCGCAAACAAAUUGAUUUUUAAAAGACUUAGCGGAGAUUUUAAUAUUGGGAUUACAAGGAGGAAUUUUUAUAAAAACCCAGAUCAAAAAUUACAAUGGACAAUGCUUAAUUGGGCAAAUCCUGGCACAGCUGGUCGAUUAAUAGAUUUUUGUCAGGCAGACAAUGACAACUAUGCUAACACCCGUGACAACUACCACUAUUGGUGGCUCAUCUUGACAUGGGAAUUCUGUGAAAACUUCCAACGAAAUUCGGACGAAGAAGAAGACGCCUCACAGCUUUCCGAAUUACCCAAAGCUGUUAAACGCACUUACAAGAGCAAAAAAAGAAAAUUAGGAGAACAAAUCGGCUCCAACGAAGAAGAAUCCAUCAGUGGCGGCCAUUUUAUGAAAAAUCAAAAGAAAGAAGAUAUUAAAUCCGAUCAUAAAGAAAUGGUGCUCGAAUCUACUCAGGAAACAUUGGUAAAUGAAAAUCUUGAUUUAAGCAGUAGUUCUGAUGAUACAGUUGAGUACAAUUUAGAAGAAACAAACAUCCAAGAACAAGCGCCGACAAAUUCAAUCGACAGUUCUCACACCACACUAGAAUAUAACAAAGAAGACAUUUCUAUUGCUGAAAAACCUUCUACUAACUACCAAGAGAACGACGUUCUUAUGGAUAUCAUUGAAGGUACUAGCAGAAGAUCCUCUAAACUCUUAGAUCGCGAAUCGCAGUUACAUUUGAAAAAAGAAGAGCUAUAUUCGCAGAUUUUUGACAACAACGAGGAGCCAGAAGAGGUUAAUAGCCAGGCCUCAGAUUCUUCCGAAUCAUUUUUGUUAUCGUUAAUUUAAAUCUAGGUCAAAUAUUUUAAGUUUUUAGAACAUCUGUAGCUGUGUUUGUGUUUUGAUGGGAAUAGUUUUCACAGACUAUGCAUAACUUCAGUUUCUUGUAGAACAAAGAACAGUACAAUAUACAAUAGGCAGCUAGAUUGUUCUCUUGAAAUGUCCAACAGACUUUUUUUAAAUAAUAUUUGCCGUUAAAUUAUUCAUUUAUUUGCUAAAAUCCAUUGAUAACCAAUUGCAGUGUGAUAUUAAUUUAAAAAGCUAUAUAUGAUAUAGCUAUUCGCAGAAAUAUACUAAAAAUUAACAGUAGAUGCUGUACAUUUAAAAAAUCAAUUUUUUCUAAAAUCAACACUUUAGGGAUUACAUUUUUCCAAACAGGUAUUAAUAAAAAGUGUUGCCAACUUCUGAACAUAAAAAACAACUGAUCUGGUUGUUCAUCUUCUUUAAGUUUAAUCUUCUAUCGAAAGUUGGAAAUCAUCAUGGCUAUACGGACCGUGUUGACUGACGCUCUAAAUAGUUCUGCACUACUACAUUCAAACCAUUCCCUGAAGUUCUUAAGCCACAAUUUUCUUCGUCUUCCCACAUUUCGCUUCAUUUCCUAUUAUUAUAAAGUCGAUAUUAUUUCAGCUUCAUUUCCUAUUCUUCUAAUAACUUCUGCGUUUGACAUUAUUUGAGUCCAUGACAUUCGUAGGAUUCUUCUGUAACAUCAAAAUUCAAAGGCGGCCAACUUAUUCAGAUGCACUUUUUUUAAUGCCUAUAAACGUCAAUUACAUUGUCAUCUGUCAAAAUAAGUGUGAUCUGUAGUAAAUUUACUAUUAUUUCAGUCAGUGGCAAACAACACACAUGCAAUAUUCUUUUUAAUUGUUUAAUUUCAUUACUUAAUAAUUUAUAACGGGAUUUAACUGUAUUCAAAGCCAAUUACAAUGUCAUCUGUAAAAAUAAGUUACUCAGGAGUAAGCUUAGCAAAUAUUUCAAUGGACUUCAAACAGCAAUAUUAUUUUGAAACCUUUAGUUUGAUUAAUAAACGAUUUAUAACGGGAUUCAACUCCUAUUACAUUGCCAUCUGUCAGAAUAAGGAGACUGUUAUAUUAAAUAACCUUAUAAAUCACGAUUAUAAUUACUAAAUUCACCAUUAAGACUAUAAAUGUAUGUUGUAGAUAUAUCUUGAGCCUUCCAUUGUACAGUAUCGAGUACUGACUUGAACUACUUGAUUGAAUAUUUAAUAAUUUUGUAUUCAGAAUUUUAUCAAAAAAUUUAAUUUUUUGUGCUAGAUUGUGUAAAACUUUAAUUCUUUUCUAUAUAGUAUUUGUGCCUUGUUUAAGCAUUAUAUAACUGAAAUAAACCUUCGUAGUAGAUUACUAUCUUUGUUUACAGCGUUUUGAAAAUCUAUUUUGUAUUUAUCAUUGUUAGUUAAGGGUUUUGAACAUUUUAAUAUGACUUGUUAGUAGGUAUGUGGUAUUUUAUUGUUUAUUUUAUCUAUCGCUCUUUGUUAUUUUUAUUAAUAAAUAUAUUAAAAUACA